AUGGCGUCUCUUCUGCAGCCGGAUAGAGUCGUCUAUCUGGUCCGUGGAGAGAAGAGGAUCAGAGCUCCUCUAUCUCAGCUCUACUUCUGUCGCUACUGCAGUGAGCUGCGGUCUCUGGAGUGUGUGUCUCACGAGGUGGACUCCCACUAUUGUCCAAGCUGUCUUGAGAACAUGCCAUCUGCAGAGGCUAAACUUAAAAAGAACAGGUGUGCGAAUUGUUUCGACUGCCCAUGUUGCAUGCACACACUGUCUACUCGAGCCACCAACAUCCCAGCCCCUCUGCCUGAUGAUCCUACCAAGACGGCCAUGAAGAAGGCCUACUACCUGGCCUGUGGCUUCUGUCGCUGGACCUCCAGAGACGUGGGAAUGGCUGACAAAUCAGUUGCCAGCGGUGGAUGGCAGGAGCCAGAGAACCCUCAUACUCAGCGGAUCAACAAGCUGAUCGAGUAUUACCAGCAGCUGGCCCACAGAGAGAAGCAGGACAGAGACAGGAAGAAGCUGGCCCGGAGACGACAGUGCAUGCCUCUGGCAUUCUCGCAACACACUAUUCAUGUGGUGGAAAAAUAUGGCCUUGGAACCAGACUGCAGCGGCAGAGGCCUGGAGCUCCCAUAUCAAGCCUGUCUGGCCUAUCCCUUAAAGAGGGCGAGGACCAGAAAGAGAUCUCCAUCGAACCUGCCCAGGCCCUUGAUGAAGUGGAACCUCUGCCUGAAGAUUGUUAUACCAGGCCCAUCAGCUUACCGGAGGUGACCACGCUGCGCCAGCGGCUUCUGCAGCCUGACUUCCAGCCUGCGGGGGCGUCUCAGCUCCACCCCAGACACAAACACCUCCUGAUGAAGCGCUCACUGCGCUGCAGGAAAUGUGAGCACAACUUGAGCAAGCCAGAGUUUAAUCCUACUUCAAUCAAGUUUAAAAUUCAGCUGGUGGCUGUGAGUUACAUCCCUGAAGUGAGAAUUAUGUCCAUUCCAAAUCUCCGGACCAUGAAGGAGAGCCAAGUGCUGCUGACCCUGACCAACCCAGUGGAGAACAUCACCCACGUCACAUUGACUGCCUGUGAGGACGAGGAUCCCGAUGACAUCAACAGCACAGCUAAGGUUAUGGUUCCCAGCAAAGAACUGGUCUUGGCAGGAAAGGAUGCUGCUGCUGAGUACGAUGAACUGGCUGAACCUCAGGACUUCCAGGAUGACCCAGAUGUUGUUGCCUUCAGGAAAUCCAACAAGAUUGGUUUCUUCAUCAAAGUGAUCCCUCAGAAAGAAGAGGAUGAGGACGUCACCGUUUCUUUCAAGAUCCGACACGACUUCCGUAACCUCGCGGCUCCCGUCAGGCAGAGCGAGGAGGGAGCCGAGACCGCCACCGAGGCCAUUUGGCUCACGCACCACGUAGAGCUGAGGCUGGGGCCGCUCGCUCCCUGAACAUGAAUACUCUGUUUGCUGUCAAACAGUCCUAGUGUUGGGUUCUUUGAACUAAUUUCUGUAAACUGUGGGAUGAAUUUAAUUUAAAAAAAAAAAUGAUUUCUGAUUCUGCUUAUUGAUAUGUAAGAACUAUUUGAUCUGCUUAACGUACAGUUGUUUCAGAGUUUUAGCUUAAGUUGCAUCACCAGAUACAUUGUAGGAACGUACAGGGAUUGCAUGAUAGCAGUUUAUAAAACUACAUGAAACCAUGACUGAUAAGUGCAUCAAGUUUAACUUGACAUAUUUUUAAACUUAAAACUUAAGUUUACUGAUUUGUUGUUUGUUUAGUUUACCAAAAACAUGACGAUAUACUGUAUUGCAUUAUCAUUCUCCACAGCUUAAACACUAUACAAUCUGUCAGUAAAAUGCACUUUUAGUGUGAGGUUACUUAUAGGAAACAGAACCUUAUAUAUACAUAUAAUUACUAUUUCCAUCAAUAAAAGUCUUGUUUUGUUUAUUGGUUUGUUUCUUUGUGCUACAUACAGUAUUUUCUGAAAUGGCAAAGCAACUACAAAGAAUGUUUUGUCUUAUUGUGGAUUUUUUUUGUGUGGAUUAUUGAUCUUUGGUGUAUGUAGAAAAUAGCAGUUUAUGUUGUUGAGAUGAGUGUUUAUACGUUUAUAUAACAACAUCAAGGUUAUAAAUGAGCAGAAUCAGAAAUCAUAAUUGAGAACAAUCCGAACAAUUGCCAACUGUGCAGCCCACUCCUCUGCGCUUUCAGCUUAUGUAUCCUCUUCGUCAACAUCCUGCAGACGGUAAUAUCGUAUUAACUCGCAUGCUUCAACUAUAGUCAAUAUCGCACACGUUAGACAAUGUCAUCACAGUUACUGAUCCUGUACUGUUUUGUUAUCAGAAAGGUUCUUCUUGGGUUUGAGGGUGAUACCUGCCCAUCAUUUUUGUUAUUGUCUGAAGUAAAACCUUCACUGGCACUCUGGAGAGGAUGUAUAAGAAGCUCUGUAAAUUACAUGAAGUACAAAGUGUUCAUUAUUUAAAUGUACUGAGACACUAUCAUUUUUUUUUCUGAUUUAAAAAAAAUGUAGAACUCACUGACCUCUCUGCCAGUGCAUAUCGUGAGCUGCUGUCAUUUUUGGUCUCAAGUGUGUUAGUAAAACAGAGCCUUAAAACACAGUUAAUCUUCUGUACCGGCUAAUAAAAUGACGUGAUACUGUAAAA